GUCACAAUGCGGAAGUUGGACAAUGAGCUUCAGACUGAAACUUCCUCCUGUGUCCAACAUCUAAGGUUCCAAAAAUCGGGGGGACUGGAAAAGUCCCGAGACCCACAUACUCGAGUGAGAGUGUUUCCAGUGCACUGAUUGUGGAAAGAGCUUUCACCAGUUACAUAGCCUGAAAAACAUCACCAUUCACAGUGAGGAGAGAUAUUAUACAUGUUCCGUGUGAGAACAAGGCUUCAACUGACUGUCAGACCUGGAGAGACACAAGGACACCCACACCAUGGAGAAACCGUGGAAAUGUGGGGACUGUGGGAAAGGAUUCAAAACCCCAUCGAAGCUGGAAAUUCAUCGGCGCAGUCAUACCGGGGAGAGGCUGUUCACCUGCUCUGUGUGUGGUAAGGGAUUCACUCAGUUAUCCAGCCUUCAGACACACCAGCGAAUUCACACCGGGCAGAGGCAGCUCAUCUGCUCUGAGUGUGGGAAGGGAUUCUGUUCCCCACCAAAGCUGGAAAUUCAUCGACGCACUCACACAGGGGAGAGACCGUUCACCUGCUCUGACUGUGGAAAGGGAUUGUGUUCCCCAUCGAAGCUGGAAACUCAUCGACGCAGUCACACCGGGGAGAGGCCGUUCAUCUGCUGUGUGUGUGGGAAGGGAUUCACUCAGUUAUCUAGCCUACAGUCACACCAGCAAGCUCGCACCGGGCAGACGCCCUUCAACUGCUCUGACUGUGGGAAGGGAUUUUGCCCCCAUCAAAACUGGCAACCCAUCGGUGCAGUCACACUGGAGAGAGACUGUUCAUCUGCUCUGUGUGUGGGAAUGAAUUCACUCAGUUAUCCAGCCUGCAGUCACACCAGCAAGUUCACAUUGGGGAGAGGCCGUUCACCUGCUCUGAGUGUGGGAACAGAUUCACUCGGUUAUCCAACCUGCAGUCGCACCAGCGAGUUCACACCAGGGAGAGGCCGUUCACCUGCUCUGACUGUGGGAAGGGAUUCACUCAGUUAUCCAACCUGCAGUCACACCAGCGAAUUCACACUGGAGAGAGACCGUUCACCUGCUCUGAGUGUGGGAAGGGAUUCAGGCAGUCAUCAAACCUGCAGAAAAACCAGCGAGUUCACACUGGGGACAGACCCUUCCACUGCUCCGACUGUGGGAAGGGAUUCAGUCAGUCAUCCCACCUGCAGAAACACCAGUGGGUUCACAAGUGAAUUGGGAGGGUCAGAGGGUUUCUUUCUGCUGGACUGGCGGUUGAGAAAGGGGGGAGGGUCCAGUAGAGCAAAAGGGAAAGUCAGGGAUUGGUUAGAGGGCAGGCAAGAUUAAAUAACAAAAAUGUCAUGAAGCAAAAGGUAAAAGGAGAGGAAAUGAUUGUAGUAAAGAAACAAAGCAUUGGUCCAGAGUAAGUAUUAACGGCAGAAUAAAGGACAGCUCUGUCUGAAAGCAAAAAUCAUGAAAACAAGAUGCAGACUGGCACUUGGCAAAAAAAGAGCAAAACAGAUUGACAGAGUUGACGGUCUCAGUUGAUGAACUCAAUGUUGAGUCCAGAAGGCUGUAAAGUGCCUCACCAGAGGAUGAGGUGCUGUUUGUCCAGCUUGUGUCGGGCUUCUCGGGAACAUUGCAGCAGGCCGAGGACAGAAAUGUGAGCAUGAGAGCAACGUGGUGAAUUAUAAUGGCAGCAACUGGAAGGUCAGGGUCAUGCUUGUGGACUGAGUGGAGGUGUUCCACAAAGAGGGCAACGAACAGGGGACAGAUGAAUUAAAGAGAAACCAUUUAGGUUCAGAACAUUGUGCACAUCCUUUUACUCUGAUUGUCUUUGACCCUCAAGUAAUUUUCUGUAUUUUUUAAACCAUGUUCUGUUUCAUUAAUAAACUUUUAUCAGUCCAAAUAUUUGAUUUUUUCUGGGCUUUUCAUGAUUAGAUUUCUGCACUUUAGGGAAAGUGGGUGAGAGGGGUUGGAAGGUUCUCUAACAGAAAGUGAGUCCCUCUAAGGUAAUUAACAAAGGAACCAGUGGGGGAGAUGAGAUUUUAUUUUUUGACACAGCGAGUUAUUCUGAUCUGCCUGAAAGCAGAUUCAAUGGUAUCUUUCCAAAGGGUAAAUACUUGAAAGGGCAGAAUUAGCAGGGCUGUGGGGAAAGAGCAGUUGGAUGAAUCGGAGAGUCCUUUCAAAGUGAUGGCAGUUGUCCGAUGGGCUGAAUGGACUCCUGCAGCCUGUGAAUGUGAGUCUCCUGCUUUUGUGCAGGUUAAAAGGGACAGAUUUCAUUUCAGCCUCUUCCCUCUAUCUGUAUUUAAAGAGAUGUUUCUCUUCAGCUCUGAGUGACCAAUAUAACAAUGUCUCCAGUCCUCUGUAUAUUUAAACAUGGAACAAAGCCUUGCAUGGCCGAUUAUAGUCAACAGCCUUCCUGUAGCUCUCUCUGGACGCAGCAAGAAAGUGUUUGACUGCUUAACAAUAGCGGCAUCCCCUGAAAAUAAUUCAAACACCACAACAUAAACAACCUGCAUUUAUGUAGCACCUUUAAACAUCCCAGGGAGCUUACAGUUGACACUGAGCCACAUAAAGAGAUAUUAGCUCAGAUGACCAGUAGCUUGGUAAGAGAGGUAGAUUUUAAGGAAUGUCCUAAAGGAGUAAAAAAGAUCGAGGGGCAGAGAGGUUUAGGGAAGGAAUUCCAGAGCGUGGGGCCCAGGCAGCUGAAGACACUGCCCCCAGGGGUUGUGCAGUUGAAACCGGGGAUACUGAAGAGGCCAGAAUUAGUGGAGCACAGGCAUCUCGGAGGGUUGUAGGGAUGGAGAAGAUUACAGGGAUGGGGAGAGUGUGAGACCACGUGGUGAUUUGAAAAAAGGAGGCCGUGGAGGGAUUUGAAAAGAAUCGGCCUGAAUUUAGCUUAAUUCAAAAUCCCAUUCACUUUUACAGAGGUAAAAUCAGGAUCAAGGAGGAGAAUUUUAAAAUUGAGGCAUUGCUUGAGUGGGAGCCAAUGUUGGUCAGGGAGCACAGAGGGUGAUAGGUGAACGGGACUGAGUGUGAGUUGGGAGACGGGCAGCAGAGUUCCUCUAUUGAAGAAAACUGGUCCAGUUCUGUACAUUUCCCAUCACACCGCUUAUGUCUAAGAUCGAGCUGACAUCAUUGGGAUUAUGCAAUCUGCUGAUGUCAUCACAUUCUAUUGUGAUGAUGUCAUAAGGUGACAUCAGCUUGUUUGUGAUUCCACAAUCAGCUGACAUCAGGCAAUAGACUUCAUUGGGAGUGUGGGAUUAGCUGAUGGCUGCACAUUGCUUUAUCAUUGUGCAGUGAGCAGAAACGAUCAUUUGUAAAUAGAAUUUUUAACUACAUGGAUAGAAUUGAUCUUCGGAUCUGGAAAAUGAUCUGGAUCUGGAACAUUUAGCAUUAAAAUAAAAAAAAUUGCUAGUACAAAUGUAUGUGACUUUUUUGAUGACAGUUUGUUAUCAUUGUUUACAAUAAAUUGUUGUGGAGAAAACUAAUCAUUAUUUCACCCAAUCUCCCUAUGUUAACAAACGUUUUUAAAAAUUUGAGUAUUACUGAAAAACGAGACAGGCUGUUGAAGCUUUUUGUCUUGCACUCGUCAGGACAGAUGCAAGAAUACCAAAUGUCAAAGGUAACAACAAUUUAUACUGACUGAGAAACAGGGUGUUGAUUUGUUGGCACACGGGCUCUGAUUGGUUGAGGGGUUGCCAUAGGAAAUGCACGAGGGAACACUUGUACCCCCCAAGCUUUUGUUUAAUUGAAAAGGUGAAUUGCCUGGACAAAAUUCCUUUUGCCUGCAGAGGACCGAGCACUAUGAGUGAAUACAAAAGAUUCCAGGAUCUGGAUCUGGUCUGCAUCUUCACCAAAUGUAAUAAUUUCUUCCUUGGGUCAUACCAUAUUUGUGUAACACACUUGUUCAAGCACAUCCAAUAGUUUGUGAGAUGUGUUACGGACAGACAAACAGGGAUGAAAACAUGGUCUGUAGCUGCAAAGCAGUAAAAAUAAACAUUUUUAUGAACAGCAUCCAUCUCCACAUUCAACAACCUGCUCUGAAAACUCUGCUCACAUUUUGACAGCAGUGACCAAUUCCACCCCAGAAGCGGAGACAAUCCACAACAUUUGAAAACAAUCGACAUUCGCAAUAAAACAAACUACAACAAUCGAAAAGAAAAGGUCAAUUCUCCCGAUCUCCCAAUGUGAACGGAUCCCUUCAAAAGUUUCAGGAUUCGGACCUUCACCAAAAACAAGUCAGUUCUUCUGUGGGCCAUAGCCUGUCAGCGUACUGAGUUUUGUUAAAAACCAUCCAUGAGUGUCUGAGAUAAAUUGUUUACAGACAAACAGAAUAACAGAGAUGAAAACAUUACCUCCGCCCAUCUUCAAUAGCAGAGAUACUUUCAGUACAUUGAGCAGCCCCAAUGUCUAUUCUCAGCCAGCAUUACACAGGGUGAAAAGGGCUGGGUUCUCAGACCAGCAAGUCAAGGCUCCCUCUUUAAUGGCCACUUCCCACAAUGGAUUCAGUGACCUCUGAAGGGAAGCAGCCUCGGUCCACACUGGGAGUUCCUGCCCCCCCAGUCAGCUGGCUUGUGCUGGCUCAUGCUGCUGCUGGACGAUCUGCCUGUAAGGGUAGGAGGCUGUCAGUUUAAAAAGAAACCUGCAUUCAUAUAGCACCUUUCAUCACCUGAGGGCAUCUCAAUGUGUUUCACUGCCAAUGAAGCAUUUCACUGUGGAAACGUAGCACUCAAUGUGCACAGCAAGAUCCCACAGACAACAAUGUGAUGAUGACCAGAUCAUCUCUUUUUAUUGAUGUUGAUUGAGGGAUAAAUAUCAGGCCCCAGGACACUGGGGGUGAACUUCUCCGCCUCCUGCUCUCCUUCCAAUUGUGGCUAUUCAGUCUUAUACAUCCACCUGAGAGGGCAAACGGGGCCCUCGGGUUAAUGUCUCAUUUGAAAGAUGGUCCCUCCGACAGGACAGCUCUCCCUCAGUACUGGCACCGGGAGUGUAGACCCUGGAUUAUGGGGACUUGAGUCUCUGGAGUGGGGAUUCGAACCCCCCACCUCCUGACUCAGAGGCAAGAGUGUUACCCACCGUCAUGUCGUGUUGAAUAGAAUCAGCUAGCACUGAGUCUGUUCCAAGUCCCUUCACCCCGCUGCCAUUCUUGCAAAUCUCCUCUGCACCCUUUCUAAGAACUUCGCAUCUUUCCUAAAAUGUGGGGCCCAGAUAUAGGGUUCCAUUCUAGAGGGAUAGAAUUGAAAAGCAGGGAGGUUAUUUUCGACUUGUUUCGAACCGUGGUUAGACUACACUGGGAGUACUGUCAAUAUUUGUGAUCCUCAUUUACAAAAAGGAAAUAGAGGCACUGGAGAAGGGGCAACAAAGAUUCACAAGAAUAAUACCUGUACUGAGAGCAUUUAACCCUCAGGAAAGGGUGGGGCUGCUUUUCUCUAGAAAAGAGAAGACUGAAGGGUGACCUGAUGGAAGCCUUUAAGAUUAUGAAAGGGAUCAAU